AGUAAGAAUCUAAUCAAAUUAUGGUCUAGAUUCAUCCACGCAUACUGAGAAUCUAAUAGAUAUCAUCGGUAUAUCCGUCCACACGUCCGUGUACGCCAUUAGAUGCUAAGGUGUUGUCCACCAUACAAAAAGAAAAGUGAGAGGUCUCUAUCUACAUGCAAAUCUCCAAAAUCUGUAAAAAGAUUAGGGUUUCAGAGUAUACAACAACCAAAAGAGUGAGCAGAGCUGAAAACAACCAUGAUCCGGCUUGGUUCGAAAGCGAUGAGGUCUAACACUUCACCACCUUUGACAAGGUCCCAAACCUACCCGUUGGAAAGGCUUCCUGUAGAAAUGAAAGAGGAGAUUCUCAUGAAAUUGAAGAUCAAAUGCAUCUCCAAGUUCAUCAGUGUUUCUAAAUCCUGGUCAUCGAUAGUCCGUAGCAAAAGUUUAACCAACUUGUACCUGAAUCGAUCUUUGGCUCAGCCACGUAUCCUUCUCUUCCUAAUCCACCGUGGAGACAGGGAUAUGCAGCUCUUUCACUCUUCCUCUCAGGAGGAUCCAUCUUCUGAUCAUCAUACGGUCAGCUGUAACCGGUAUGACUUUUCUCCACCUGUCCGUGGCUUGAUUUGCGGUCUAAAUGAACAUAAUCUAGUGAUGAUUGGGAAUCCUACUACUUCUCAGUUCAUAACUUUACCGAGAAUCAUAUCUGUGAGAAAAGACAUAAGCUGCUUCUUAGGAUAUGAUCCUGUUACUGAUGAAUACAAAGUGCUGUGCAUGAUGACACCACGUGGAUAUCAUCAUCUACAUAUAACAUCAUCAAGAGCUGUUGCGUACUCACAGGAGCAUCAAGUUUUCACUAUAGGAGCAAGAAGUAAGAGAUGGAGAAACAUCGAAUGUAAGCAUAUCCAUUAUACUCUUCGUAGAACUCAAGGGAUAUGCAGCAAUGGGUUUGUGUAUUAUCUAGCUUGGAUCAACGAUCUUCGCUCUCUGAUAUGCUUUGAUGUGAGGUAUGAAACGUUUAGUGUCGUUCCGUUACCCAAGGACGUCCAAGUCCAACUUCUAUCCAACUACGGCGAAAAGAUAGCUGUAACGAAUCUGUUAAUCGACAGUACACUUGACUUGUGGGUUCUUGAAGAUGCCAGCAGACAAGAUUGUUGGUCAAAAGUGUCAAUCGUGAUUCCUUCUUUAUAUUGGAAUGAUGAUUCAUUUAUGUGUUUUCAAACAGCAUUCAGGUUCAGGGGUACACUUGGCACCGGCGAGCUUGUAUUUGCACCCAGCUUUGUCACAGACCCCUACUUUCUACUAUGUUACAAUCCCAAGGAAAGCAAAGCUAGAAAAAUCCACAUCGAAGGAAUUGGGGCUCAAUUUAUUCCUAGACAUGUCUAUUUAGAUCAUGUUGAGAGUCCUAUGAUUCUGGAAUCUGUUGCUCACUAGUUCUUUGGCGACUUGGUGUUGCCUGAACUACUCUCUCUCUUUCUCUCAACUCUCAAGUGUUUCAGUCAAGUUGUCGGAUAUUGUUGUUUUUGUUGGAUUAUGAUAAAUGAUAUUGAUAUUGUAUUGGUUGGAUUAUGAUAAAUGAUAUUGUAUGCUUAUGGAUAAUGACUUUGUUUUAAAGAGUUUUGUGUUGGCUUUA